AUGUCGAGUCGCCCGCAAAUAGAUUCUGUCAUCGAUGAUGACGAUGAGUUCUGCCCUCUCUGCAUUGAAGAAUUUGAUCUGUCCGACAAGAACUUUAAGCCAUGCCCUUGUGGUUAUCAGAUCUGCCAAUUUUGCUACAACAACAUUAAGACCCAUAGCGAAGAGGGCCGAUGCCCCAACUGCAGGCGCGUUUAUGAUGAAAGCACUAUACAAUACAAGGUUCCUGAUGCAGACGAGUUCAAAGCAGACUUGGCGUUGAAACAUCGAAAGGCUGCCGCCGCAAAAAAGAAGGAAGCUGAAAAGCGCGAAAUUGAGGCUUCCAGCCGGAAGAAUCUGGCGGGGGUCAGGGUCGUACAGAAAAACUUGGUUUACGUGAUCGGCCUCAACCCCACAAUACGCGACGAGAGUCAACUACUUCAAACUUUGCGCGGGAAGGAUUAUUUCGGUCAAUACGGCGAGAUCGAAAAAAUCGUCGUCAGCAAGGCCAAACCAGGUGGCAAUCCUAACCAGGGUAUCGGUGUCUACGUGACAUAUGCAACUAAGGCGGAUGCUGCAACCUGUAUCGCUGCCGUGGACGGAUCUACUAACGGCGACCGUGUACUCAGGGCACAAUAUGGGACCACCAAAUAUUGCUCAUCGUUUCUCCGCAAUGAGCAAUGCAAUAAUCGAAAUUGUACUUUCCUGCACGAGACGGGCGAAGAUAGUGAUAGUUAUAGCCGACAGGAUCUUUCUUCGAUGAAUACACUGUCCACUCAGCGCCCCAACGGUAUUCCCAGCGGACCCAGUCACGCCAUUCCUGCACAUGUCGCUCGAUCCUCGGCUCAACCUAUUUCUCACCCAAUGCGCAGACAGGCCAGUAGGGAUGAUGCUACUGGCUUGCGACAACCGGACGGGUCUGCUCUCCCCUCGUCGGCCAGCUGGGCAAACAAAGAUAGUGCUAUCCAUCGCACCAGGCGAGCCAGUCUAGCGGGCAGCCAGGCUUCCCAGAGUCCUCGUCCAGUGCAUGCCACGGUCGCACAGGGGGCAGAGGAAGUCAGGAAGAUCGAAAAGCAGUCCCAGGAGCGACGCCAGACGCCAGUGCCUUCGGAAGCACGCCCCGCCACUCCUCAAACGUCGGCUCAGGCGCCGCCUGACCCCAUCGCACCCCUCCUCGAAAAUAUACUCAAGGCGGUCAAUUCCCCGGAUUUCAGGUUCAUCUUCUCUGCAGCCGGUCUCCCUACAGAAGAAGUUGCUCUUAUUGAGAACCAUCCUUCGUUCAUCGACCCGUACGGUGGCGUCAAACGUCGAGCAAUGCGGGAGAAGGCGGAGCAGGAGCGCGCGAAGAGAGAACAGGAGCUUCUUCAAAAUGUGGCAGCCGAAGAGGAAAGCCGAGAAAGUGGAAGUCUGCAACUCGGUGGUGAACCAGAUGACGCUCACCCACCAAGAGGCCGUGGAGGUCGUGACUCCCACGGUGCUAUUCAGCCGCCGUCUCAGCAGGGUACCACGACGAAUUCUGCGAUUGGGUCACCCGUGUCGGCCGCUAGUCACCAGUUCCAGGGACUCAACCUCGCCGGUCGUAGCCUAACCCCGCUUCAGCAACAGCAAUUGAUGCUGCUCAAGUCUGCCGGCAGCCAGCAGGCUGGCCUGGUGGAUCCCUUGCCGAGUGGAUUGGGUUCGACCGUUCUGGAUCAAGCCACCCAAGUUCGUCAAGGUCUUCUCCAGUCGCAAAUGGCGCAGUUCAACGCCCUACAGGCCCAGAACCGUCAGUCCUCGCGGUUCUCAUUCACCAACGAUGCCAAUCCAAAGAACCUUCCCAAUGUCAGGAUGCUCAGCCAGCAGGCUGGUUUGAUGCAGUCCGGCACGCCGAACCCUUUGGCGGCACCUAGCCCUCAGCACGGACUAGCCAACAACUUCUACACUAGCGGGGUUCAGGGUCCACCACCCGGUCUGAAGACAGCUGGUACUCCUCCCAUCAGUGGAGGCGGCAUGUUUGCUCAAGGUCACGGAUUUACCACGAAUGCCAACAUCGGAUUGGGCGGCAACAUCGGCAAGCAGGAAGCCAACCCAGAGUUGAUGCGCGAGUUGUUGCGAGGUCGAAGUGGCACAAAUGCUGGUGGAUUGCAAGGGCAAGAGGCCGCUAAGCGUGAGUUCAUGUUUCCUUUUCUCCAACAGCACCAAACCCCCCCUCCCCUGACUCCUGCCAAUGGCCUUCUCAGCUCUUUCUAUGGUUCCCAGACGGGGGCUUUCUCCGAAGCUGGGCCACAGAAGCAGAAGAAGAAGGGGAAGAAGCACAGACAUGCUAACACUUCCUCCGGUGGAGGCGGUGUAGUUGAUCUUGCGGACCCGAGUAUUUUGCAGGCGAGGAUGCACCAGGUCGGCGCAAAUACCACUGCUGGGCAAGCGCUAUAUGGGAGUCAGGGUCAAGUGGACGAAGAUUUCCCGCCUCUGGGGACUCCGCUCAAGGACAAGCGGCCCGUCGACAGCUUUGGCUUCCUCCUUCGAUCUCAUCUUCCCAGUGACACUCAGGGGACCGCUCGCGCCGGGACCCCGACACUUCCCCCCGGUCUCCCUUUGCCACACGCCCACCCGGCAUCGUCGUUGUUCCAGAGCCCUUUGAAUCCGUCGAGCCCGUCUCUGUCGAUGUCUAUGCUACCCCCUGGCCUCGAUAUCGCACGUUCUAAGCCUGGAACACCAUCUCAAAGCUUUUCCGAAAUAGAAUCUCAGCGGCCGUCUCCAGAGCCUCUAGAAACUCCCGAAAGCGUUCCACCUUCCACCAAGUUCAAGAACAUUUCGGAGAUUUCUCUGGGUUCGCCUGUGCCAAAGUCCGCACAAAAAGCUCGGUCACAGGCUAAAGCCGAGCUUUCAGCAAGUUCAGAUGAUAGGAGACCGAGUGCGAAGGAUGGAGACACCAAUAAUAGUCAUCCUAACAAGAAACCAUCGACGAAGGCCAAGCCAAUGAAGCUUGAUCUACACUUCACACCAGCUCAGCCCCAAGAAACUCUGUCCUCGAAAGCAGAAUCUCCCGCUCAGAUUGCUCCUCUGAGCAAUGUUGCAGCGCCCGUUUCUGCCGUCGUGUCAAGGCCAAAUACUCCUAUGACAGGUGUCUCCCGGGCUUCGGACUCCUCAGCUCCUCGACAGCCUCGGGUCCUUCGCGUGGUCGAUACCCCAAAGACCGAGACACCGCCGCCCGUCUCCACCUCUCAGUCAGCUGCUUCUCUCCCGGCAACUCUGAAGACACGUUCCAGACGGCCAAGCAUUUCUUCGCUCAGUCGACCUGACACUCCCGGUGAUUUGGGCUCUGAAGCGGAUAUGUACACGUCUGCAUCCGUGUCUCGUGCCAAUUCACCGCCUGCUUCCUCUAGGAUUGGCUCUGCACCUGUGCGCUCUAUCACUAAGAGUCAAGCCAAGAAAGAACGCCGGCAAAAGGCAAAGGAAGCCGAAUCUAAGAAACAGGAACCGGCCGUCACGGAGGAGCCAGUUCAAGCCCCCAUCAUCGGCAGGAAACGCAAGACCAAGAAGGCUCCGACACCCAAUGCUGAUGCAUCCAACACGAGCACAGACAAUGCGCCUGAGCCGACAAAAGUCAGUCAGCCCAGCCCUCAAGACUUGGCUGAGAAGGUUGAACCAAAGAUUGAGGAGGCGAAGAAGAAUAAGCAGGAGAAGCCUCCGAAGCCCCGUAUCGAAGAGAAGCAACCCGUAUCCGAGAACAAGCCAACAGAGGCAUGGCGCUCGAAGAACACGCUCGAACAGCUCAUCAAGGAUUCUGAACAAGGCGGCGUCUCGAUCAAAGAUUUGUUUUUGGAACGGACUUCGCCAUUACAGGUCUUACUUGCUCAGCUGCACAAGGCUGGCCAGUUAGAUCUAAACAAUCACCCUCUCUUCAAUCCUUCGAAUCUCAGUCAGCGCUUUGACAUGAAGUGCACAUCUGACGAUUACGAACUUUUGAAGCAGCCUAUCGAGUUGACCGAGGAGCACCGAAAAGCCUUACUUCGUGGGGAGCCUGUCCGUCUCCAUUCUUCUUCUACCCAACUGAAGGACCGCUGCCUCAUCACGCCUCGCGGUUGUGUCCUCCACCACCUGUCACCCGAGGAAGAAGACAGGUAUCUUGCCUUGGAAAAGAGCAUUGGAUGGGCAAUCGAUUCUUUCCAGGAAUACCCGGCAGCACUUAUUACAGAACCCGAUGUGACCAAUCGUGGUGGAGGUUUGGAUGCGCUCUUCGCCACGCCCGAGAACUUCAAUAUUUGCUGGGUAGAUGAGACUACAGCGGAUCUUUCAUCUGCAGCACAUUCUGGAUCUCCGCCGGCUGCCGAUGCGUCUGUCUCGUCAACUACCUCUGCUCCGCCAAACGUCCUGUCGACUAUGGAGGCGGACAGUACUCGUAGUCAUAACUGGGCUAUUGCGAGCACUGCCGAAUUGGCCAAUGCGACGGCAGCUUCCGUCAGGUCUUUUGCAGCUGCUACUGCAAAACAUAUGCUUGGAGCUGCUGGUGUGGUUAUGGGGACUAUUCCAGACCUCGACGAUGUUGUUGGAAUGACUGAUGAGGAGCUGCGUUCAUUUGCUCUCAAGUCUCAGAAGGACCUAGAAGGCUCGCGAAAGGAACUAGAUGCUAUUGAUAAAAAGCUCGCUGCCUUGUUCAAGCGCAAUAAGAAGCUUGCACAGCAGGCUCUUGCUACGACUGUGGAGGUAUAG